AUGAUUCCUGAUAUUACAGUCAGAACACCAUUAUUAUCAUCAUCGUCAUCAUCACCUGUCAUUGACAAAGUCAAUCGAACAGAUAUUGAUCAAUCAUCGAACAUUGAUAGUACUUCUUCAAUGCCUGUCUAUCAUGGAUCUAUUGUUCGUAUUGAACAACAUAUUGAUGAUGAGAAUACGUCGGAUUUAAUUAUUCGUGUACCAAAUUUUCAAUAUUUAUCACUUCCGUCAUAUAGUACUGAUAAUAAACAGUCAACUAUAGUUAAACGACGUGCUCCUAUAUGUCCUAUUCUCAGUAGUACUAAUCAAUUCAAUAGUCUUGAUUUGUCAAAUACUACGAAUAAUGUGAAUAAGUCAAAUUUAAGUCAAACAAGAGGAGUAACAAGUACAAAUCGUUUAGCUACCGGUUUACGCAGUUUAAGUCGAGCAUUUGCCUAUAAUUGUAAGUCGAAACGAUCAUCUACUAUUGAUGAAAUAAAUAUUCCGCCAACGCUUCCUGAUGUUGAAGUAAUGAAAGAAAAACUUGAUUUACCAAUAACAUCGAAAAAAUCUACAGAACAUGAAAAUUCAACAACAUCAUCGAGACCAAAAUUAAUUGCACCAAAAAUAUUAUUUAUUAAAGGAAAACAUCUUAAAAUAAAAAAUCAAUCAUCAUUAUCACCACCACCAAUUUCUAUCGAUACACAAAUCGAUCAUCAAAAUAAUCGAAAAAUACCAUCGGCAAUAAUAACAACACAUUAUUCUGAUGUUAGCAAAGGUCAUUCACCCAAAAAAACAUCAUUUAUCGAACCAUUGAUCGAAAAAAAUGGUUCGAUUAGACAAAUAAAUAGAAUAGAACGAAUUGUUGAUAACGAACAACAAAAUAAGUCAAUUGAAUUAAACUAUGAAGUAGAUCAACAGUUGGCAGCCAUAGCUCAACUUAUUUCUGAUAUUCCAUUAUCAUCUAUCGAUGCUGACUCAUUGUCAACUCAUCGUUAUAGUACGAUUUCUGCUAUGUUACCUGAUAAACAAAAUUCUACAACAGAUAAUGAUACCGAAGAAGUAUCCUUAUCAGAGCAAAUAGCAUCAAUCUUAUUUCCAACGUCAACUGGAAUUUCAUAUGAUUUUGAUAAGAAACAAACAGCAUCAAUUAUUCAUGAAGUUUCACCAAAACCUCAUCGACCAUUUCGCAUACAAACAAGUAUUCUUCAGCCUGAUAUAAGUGUUAUUCGUGUUGGAACGUCUAAUUUAACAACUGGAACCGAUCGCCCUUUACCUGGUGAACAACUUUUUAAUAAAGAAACCGACUCUAUAACAAAUAAUCAAAUCGAUAUUGAACAAAUGCAAAAUGAUAAUAAUCGAAUAGGACAACAUUCAUCUACUAUUAUUCAUUCCGAUGAAGAAACAUUUACUGAAUGUUAUGAAGUUACUUAUCAAAUCGAUCCACGAUAUCAAAAUCAACAAGAAGAAAUUACAAAUCAAAAAUUUGUUCCAAUCGAAAUUAAUUUUGAAUCAUAUGAAAAUAGAGAUCCAAUGUCAACAGUAACAACAUGGUUACCAUUUAUUCCUCAAAAUGAAUACGAACAAAUAAAACACGACAACUGUACUAGUCAAAAUGAACGAAAAUAUCAAAAAAUUGAAAAAACAAAGCAUAAUUUUGAAAAUUUAGACACAAGUCCAGCAGAACAACAAAUAUUAACAAGUAAUAUUCGACGAAUAAAAUUUCAGUCCAUUGAUGAUCUAUCACGUACUAGUAAUGAUCAAACAUCCACAUACCAAUCUGAAUCUAUUUAUGCUUCAUCAUCUUCGGAAAAUUCCUCUCGACAUUGUACUCUUCAGCGAUCAAAUUCUUAUAAUGGCUUAGGUAUUUAUGUUAGUACAGAUAUGGAAACACAUCGUGAACAUUUUAUUCAUCAAGUUGAAGAAUUGUCUCCAGGUAAACACGCUGGAUUGAAAGAAAAUGAUCGAAUUUUGUGCAUUAAUGGUACACCAGUCAUUGAUGAAGAUUAUACUGUUGUCUUACAACUUAUACAACAUGGCUUACAGACUGAUACAUUAGAUUUUGAUGUUAUUACAAAUAAUGCUUAUGAAGAAUUUAAAUCACAUAUUGAUCAACUUUAUCAAUGA